ACGUAUCUGUUCCGUCAGAAAUUCAGCACUUUCAAGACGUCUUAUUCUGUCAGUAUCGGCUUACGUGAUUUGUGAAGAUUGUGAUGUCGGCGAUCGGAGAAGUUGACAACCUCGCCGUCGAGCAGCCGGCGGCGGAGGCUACCGUGGCGGAGCAGCCGCAGGUGGCGGAGAAGGCUGUUAAGGAGAAGAAACCCAAGGCCCCCAAGGAGAGGAAGCCGAAGGUGCCCAAGGAGAAGAAGGCCAGAGCGCCCAAAACUGCCUCUCACCCUCCGUACUUUCAGAUGAUCAAGGACGCCCUGUUGAGUCUAAACGAGAAGACUGGUUCGAGCACCUACGCGAUCGCCAAGUACAUGGAGGAGAAGCUGAAGCCGGUGCUCCCUGCGAAUUUCAGGAAAACCCUGGGGCUUCAGCUGAAGAACUCCGUUGCCAAGGGGAAACUGAUCAAAAUCAGGGCAUCGUACAAGUUAUCCGAAGCAGGGAAAAAGGAGAAUGGAACUGGCAAGACUCCAAAGGCGAUAACAGAAGCGAAGAAACCCAAGAGAGCUGCUGUUGUUCCGAAGGGAAGAGGGACUGAGAAGAGGAAAGCCGAGACGGUGAAGAAGACGGGGCCGAAGAAGACGAGGAAAUCGGCUGCUGCGGUGAAGCCGAAGCAGCCCAAGUCGAUUAAGUCACCGGCGGCGAAGAGAGCUAGGAAGGCGACGGCUUAAGCGUUGGAUAUAUGAACUGCGCGUGUUGUUUUGUCUCUGUGAAUAUGGAAGUUUCAUGCCUUUCCUCCCUCUGUUCUUCUCUUGUUCUGUCUAGCUAGUACUAUCUAGUUGUGGAUACUAUCUAGUUGUGGAAGAAGGGUUUUGCUGCAGAAAUUUGGAUAUAUGUUUUGUAAUUCUGCUAACUUUCUGGGUUAAUAAAGUGACAUGUUUUUGGGGGGUUGGUGCAAA